AUGGCAGCCGCAGCUCAAGCCACAAUCCCAGUGGUCGUAAUCGGCUACGCACGCUCAAACGGCAUCAAGACCAUGCCUCGCACGUUCGAAAACACACCAUAUACAAUGACCGCAUUUCUGGACGUACAAGACUCGCCGUCACAUCUGCAGUUUACCAAGCACAAUCUCGAGGUAGUCCUCAACUCACUCCACCCCAGGCCGAGAGCUCUGAUCAUCGGACCGGCGAUUCAUCCAUCGAUUGCGGGAGACAUGUCGGAGGUUUGGGAGAGUUAUGUGCAGAGGGCGCUUCGAGGGGAAGGCGAAGAUGAUAGUUGGAAGAAGAGUGCUUUUGUUUCGCUGCCCGACUUUCACUACAUCGAUCCCAAGACAGUGAAAGGAUCACCACCAGAUGCUGGGUGGUAUGCUGAGAUGUUUCGACAGCUGGAGGCUGCUUUUGCUUCACAGGAGUCUUGUGCAUGA